AGGGAUGGAUAGAGGGAGGGAUAAGGGGGAGGCAGCAGGGACGCUUUGGGCUGGUUGACCCCCAGUGCUCUGCGGUUUGGGGACAAGAUCGUGUCACGUGGCUGCACCCUCUCCUCCCUGCGGAAGUAAAUGCAGGAAGGAAACCGGUGUACAGGGAAAAGAGGAACUUAACCAAGUGGGAGACAAGGGAGGAGAGGGGAAACAAUCUGAAAGGAGAGACAUCUAUAGGAAACUAUAGAUUUCUGCAAGCAUAUAUCAUAAUAAGGAGAUACAUUGCAAAAGAAUUACCGUUCUCACCCCUUUUCCUAAAUUCAUUGUCCUUGAUACCUAGAAAUGAGCGGGCGCUACACUCACGCUGUGGUGAGGGGUGUCCCCUCGUCCUUAGAAAAAGAAGCCAAUGGUCAGGUAGACCUGGCACGGGCUCAACGUGAGAAUGGAGUCUACUGUGGCAUCCUGAGACAGAAACUUGGGCUGCAGGUGGUGGAGUUGCCCCCCAAUGAGGAACUGCCCCGGGGCCAAUUGAUAGGGGACACAGCUGUAGUGAUAGCAGAUACAGCCCUCAUCACCCGUCCAUGGAUACCUGCACGAAGGAAAGAGACUGAAGGCCUGCAAAAAAUCUUUGAGGAGCUGAAAUUCCGAGUCUGCGAACUCAGUGAUGAAAAUGCCACUCUGGAUGCAAGUGAUAUACUUUUCACAGGUUCAGAGAUUUUUGUAGGCUUGUCUAAAUGGACCAAUCUUAGAGGUGCUGAAAUGGUGGCAAAGACCUACCAGGAUUAUGCUGUUUCAACUGUUCCUGUGUCUGGGGACAUGCACCUUAAAAGCUUUUGCAGUAUGGCAGGACCUGACACCCUGGUCAUAGGAAGCAGUGAUACAGCGAGAAAGGCACUGAAGACUAUGGAACAACUGACCGAUCAUCACUAUGAGACUCUGACUGUUCCUGAUGAUCCAGCAGCUAACUGCAUCUAUGCUCGUGUGGGGCCCAAAUCAAAUGUCCUAAUUCACCGCAGUGCGGACGAGUACCCCAACAGUGCUCAGGUGUUCCAGAAACUGACAGAUUACACUCUUGUCCCAGCUACUUGCACAGAAUUGUCCAAGAUUGGAGGCUGCCUGACUUCUUGCUCUAUAUUAAUAAAUCGCAAGCUAGAAAUCUGAUUUAUGAGCCAUAUUCUGCCAAUCACUUUACCGACUGGAGCCCUGUGUAUAGAGGCUGUCUUGCUUCUCGUGUGGGUGUAUAUGUACACUUUCUACAUAUCUCUCUGUGCAAACUUACAACUGUGGUUUACAUACAAUAUAUGCACUUCUGUAGAAUAACUGUAUACACCUGCACAAAAGAACGAGGCUGCCUAAAGAUUUCAUUAUUUUUCUGUAUCAUUUUCCUGGUGAAUUUUCUCCUUUUUUGAAUUUGAGAAAACACAAAUAAAAACUGACAGGAUUUUUGUAUUCUUGCAAGUUUUGACCUGUGAAUUAUUUGAAGAUGAAUGCUAAGAUAAAUCAUAUUGUUACCCAAUAACCGAAUUCCAUUACAGUUGACUCAUGAAUUGCAGGCUGUAAGUCUAUUAUACUUUUUGUUAGUCGAUUGGCUUUUGGGUGUGAGUGGGAUGGUUCUGCUAAAAGGUGGGCUUAAAGGGGUAGUUCACCUUAAAAUUAACUUAGUAUGAUAUAGACAGUGAUAUUUUGAGACAAUAUGUAAUUUGUAAAAAAAAAAAAAAAAAAAACUGAAUAGUUGAAAAGUUGCUCUCAAGUUAAAUUAAAGUUGAAUUAUCCCUUUAAAGAAAUACAGGUUUUUUUUCCAGACUUUCCAGUUAACAGCAUUAUGACAUGUAAUCCUCUUUUCAAUGAUGCGUUAAUAUGUUAUAGCCACUAGAGGGAGACCUCGUAAGAUUUUACAUUUAGUGCAAUAUUUUGCUAAUUGAUCCUUAUUUCUUACUAUAUUAAUAAGCAUUUCUUCAUAUUUUAUAUUCGGCAUUAUUCAGUUGAUGCAUACCUUUAUACAACACUUCAAUGGAAAAAUGUUCAAAUGUUUCAUUCACAACACUUUCUGGUGCUAAAUUAAUCUGUUUUCCACACUAUGUAAUUGUAGCAUUCUCUGCGCCCACUUCCACCUUCCAUCUUACUCUACCUCUCUUCCCAACCAUUAGUAAAGAAAAUAAUCUCAGAAUAAGUCAGGCAGAAAUAGCCUUAAAACGUAUUAAUGCUGUAACAAUAUACAGCAGACCCAGUGCCUACUUAGGUUCCAGAAGUAUGGGGGGGGACGACAAUGAGGGUUCUGUGCAUAAAAAAAAAUAUCAAAGUUUUGUGAAAUAGAAGUUCCCAAACUGACUUGUUGCAGGGCUCUGUAGGUAUUGGCCAUGCUUUGACUCUACCAUCUAAAUAAUACAAAUCACAUGUCUCAAUGCAGUAAUAGAGCAAACUCCCUAAUAACAGUGGGAGGGGGUUCAUAUGUACCACUGUGAGCCUUCAUUGUAAGAUUAGAUCAACGACAAAAUAAAAGUGGGCAGACCAGGAAGUGUGUUUAUUAAGCAGUAAUUAAUUUCUAAAGACCAUGUGUCCCACAUAGGCCAAUACAUCUGUAGACUUGACAUAUGGACAUAACAUAGUGGGCGGGGAGCACAGGUUCAUUUAUAGCGAGUCGGCCUGCUCAAAGGAGGUAACCGAAGUUAAUAUAAACUGUACUGAGAGCUAGUCAGAAGCCUAACUUAUCCCAUCACACCAUUAUCCAGUAGCUCUCCCACUUUAUUUGCAUUAACUCUUCAUGUCUUCCAUUCACCUUAUUGGAGAUGUUCCACCAGAUAAAAAUAGGGUAUCUUAAAUAUCAGUAAAUAUAAUUGAGAUUCAUAUAUAAUCAUUGGCUGUAUCACAGAUUUAUCAAGGUUUCCUACUUGUAAAUGACUAACAAUAUGGUUAUAACAGCUUCUUACAUCAGGGAUGUGCAACCUGCAGCCCUACAGAUGUUGAGCUACAACUUCCAGCAUCCCACUUGAUUACUGAUAAGGGAUACUGUCGGAUACCUGACCUAGAGAGAGAGAGAGGUCCACCAAGUCAAAGUGAUAUUCAAAUUAGUUUAAUUUGGUGGAACAUUCCUAUCAAUAACAUUUCAUUUUAUUUUCUGUUAACCCCUGUCCAUAUACAGAGCAACUUUUUCUUACUGGGGAAUUGGGGGUGAUUGUUUUAUAUUCCUUUAAAUUUACAAAUAAACUACUACUACUUAAAACUUG